AUGAUAGGUAUGGUGGAUGCAACGCAGUGUCGUAUCUCGCAAUUACGUGACAAGGAGUUACGCCUGUCGGAACGUUUAAGGUGGAUUCUCGUCGCCUAUAAUGCCAGCGCAAACUCACUUGGUAUAUUUGCGCCGGUACUGACUCUGGUCUUAUAUGCGCUGUCAUCUGGAACCGGAGAACUGCACGCCAACGAUGUAUUCACGUCGAUCGCUCUUCUUUCCAUGGUCACGCAUCCGGCCAACAUGGUCAUGACAUUAGUCCCACGUGCUGUGGGUAUAAUCGCAAACUUUUCACGCAUCGAAGCGUAUCUUAGUCGGUCAUCAGUUUUAGGUCCCCGACAUAUUGAUGCCAAAAAGGGCCAACAUUUGGUAUCAAUGGAUCACGUCUCCAUUAGACUUCCAUCAGAGACGAAUCCACCAAUACUUCGAGAAGUCUCCUUUAGGCUUUCUAGAGGAGAGCUAGUCGUCUGUACUGGAGCUGUUGGCAGUGGAAAAACAACGCUAGUCAUGGCCCUGCUUGGAGAAUUACCCUUAACCGGGUCAAUUAGUCUUGCAUCAAAGAAGAUCGCAUACUGUGCCCAGGCUCCUUGGCUACCCAGCGUUACUAUUCGAGAUGCAAUAAUUAGUGACUCUGAUUUUGACCAAGAGUGGUACAAGCUUGUCCUGGACGCGUGCUGCUUGAGUCCUGACUUGGAGAGCCUUCGCAACGGUGACUCGACGUUUAUCGAGAAUAACGGGAUGAACCUAUCCGGUGGACAGCGUCAGCGCGUAGCUCUUGCACGCGCGGUAUACUCGAGAUAUGAUGUGGUAAUCCUUGAUGACCCGCUCAGUGCCCUGGACAAAAAUGUCGCAGAGCAGAUUUCUGAUAGGCUACUGGGCCCCAGGGGGCUGUUCAAGAAAAUGAACGCAGGUGUUCUGCUCAUUAGCAACACCCCGAAGCUCUUCCCCAUGGCAGAUAGACUACUGGUUCUUCAAGGCUCGGAGGCACGCCUCCAUGAUCCUAGCACCGUUCAUCAGGGAAAAAUUACGGGUAGCCUUGUUCCCUCCGCUGCAAGCUAUCAGACUACCCAUCCCUCAGAUCUGUAUGACAGAAAGGCGCCUGGUCAAAACCAGCGAAUCGAUAACGCUGCCGAAGACUUAUCACGGAAUGCUGGCGAUAUUGCUCUCUAUGGGUACUACUUCAAUGCUGUUGGUUACCAAAAUGCCUUUCUGAUGACAGUCUGCACCGCCACAUAUUCAUUCUGCUUGACCUUCUCACAAUAUGUCCUAAGAUGGGCAACAGAGACUUCGUCUGGGGAGCUUAAUGGAUAUAUGGGGCUCUAUGCCGGGAUAUCAUUCAUUGCGUGGGCAGCAACCAGUGGAACGAUGUGGUUCUCGCAGAUGAAGGUUGCGAUUCGCUCGGGGAGAGUGUUACAUUCUCAGCUGCUUGAGCGGGUACUUGGAGCCCCAUUGUCCUAUUUUGCAAAAACACAGAUCGGCACCACUUUAAACAGGUUCUCCCAAGACAUAGCGUUAGUGGAUAAGCAACUACCCUCCGCUCUCGCCAAUCUAAGCACCCAAAUCUUCAAGCUACUAAUGCAGGUAGCCUUGAUUGUGUAUGUACAGCCGGUGAUGCUUGCCACGAUACCACCAUGUUACAUACUGGUCUACCUCAUCCAGAAAGUCUAUCUUCGCAACUCUCGUCAGUUGCGCUUUCUGGACCUGGAGGCAAGGUCUCGACUGAACACCAAUUUCCUAGAUACAACCAGUGGUGUUACCACGAUCCGUGCUUUCGGUUGGCAGGACAAAUUCGCCACCGCAAAUAUCCAGGCACUGGACAUGUCACAAAAGCCAUACUACCUGCUUCUCUGCUUGCAGUGCUGGCUUAAAAUUGCGCUGGACUGUUUAAUGGCGAUCAUUGCCAUAGGUCUGAUAACACUCACGGUCAUGUACCGGAACUUCACGGGGGCUGAUGUCGGAAUGGCCUUAAAUAUGAUGAUCGGGGCCAACACUACGCUAUUACGAUUAGUCCAGAACUGGACUUCUUUGGAGACCUCCCUUGGCGCCGUUGCCCGACUCAAGGAUGUGCAGGAAUGUGUAUCGAACGAUGAUGCUGCUAAAGGUGCUCUAGAGCCAGGUACACGAUGGCCUUCGACAGGAGACCUACGUACCGAGAAUAUCACGGUUUCAUACUCCGAGGAAUCAGAGCCCGCUCUGCGCAAUGUAUCAUUUCGAGUCAAUCCGGGACAGAAACUCAUUGUCAUGGGUCGGACGGGAAGUGGAAAAAGCACACUGAUGCUCUCCUUACUUCGACUCCUCGAGACCAAACACGGAUCCAUUAGCAUUGACGACAUCAACAUCGCACACGUGCCUUUACAGAUCCUUCGACAACGCGGCAUGAUCGCGGUGCCACAAGACGGCUUUAACAUUCCUACAGCAACUAUCCGCUUUAAUCUGGACCCGUAUAAUAAAUGCACAAGUGAUGAGAUUGUACAAGCACUGAGGAGAACUCGCCUUUGGGACAAGAUUACUGCCGCCUCUACAGAUGUUGACACUAUACUGAAUCUUCCCAUGUCGGCAAUACUCCCCUUGUCCGCCGGUCAGAUGCAGCUCUUCGCACUUUGUCGGAUGCUGCUCCGUGUGAAGGCGACUGCGCCGACGAAACCGAUUAUUAUUCUCGAUGAAGCUAGUUCGUCUCUGGAUCGUGAGACGGAGGCCAUUGUGGGAGAUAUUCUGCGUGAAGAACUUGAGUAUCAUACGGUUAUCAUGAUUGCUCAUCGGACUGAGGGGAUCAUGAAUACUCUGAGGCCAGGUGUAGAUGCCCUUGCUACGAUGAAGGAUGGAAAGCUACGGGUAUCUGUUAUUGGCACGUCUAUGGAUUGGGUUGAAGAGAACUAG